CAGCGAGUUUUCACAGAAACCAGCCCACUCUUCAGACACCCUAAGACUUGAGCAAUUCGGGGAGAAUCACUUUGUGUCUUCCCGGCGUGGGGGUUCAGAACUGUUAGCUGACUGAAGUUGCUUGGAUCCCAGACUGUGGCCUGGUGAGCAUGGCCCAAAUCAAUGCUUCUGUCACCCACUUCCCUCCAGAACCCCCUGGAGCUCCCUCAUCACUUUCUACCUCUCUUCCUGCAGGGGGAGCUGCUGAGUCCAUGCCGCUGUGAUGGCUCUGUCAAGUGCACGCACCAGCCAUGCCUCAUCAAGUGGAUCAGCGAGCGGGGCUGCUGGAGCUGCGAGCUGUGCUACUACAAGUACCAUGUCAUCGCCAUAAGCACAAAGAAUCCUCUGCAGUGGCAAGCCAUCUCUCUGACGGUCAUUGAGAAGGUCCAGAUCGCAGCUGCCAUCCUGGGCUCCCUCUUCCUCAUCGCCAGUAUCUCUUGGCUCAUCUGGUCGACCUUCAGUCCCUCAGCUAAAUGGCAGCGCCAAGAUCUCCUCUUCCAGAUCUGCUAUGGGAUGUACGGCUUCAUGGACGUGGUGUGCAUAGGUCUCAUCAUCCACGAGGGACCCUCUGUGUACCGCAUCUUUAAACGGUGGCAAGCUGUCAACCAGCAGUGGAAAGUGCUGAACUACGACAAGGCAAAAGACCUGGAAGAGCAAAAGGCAGGAGGCAGGACAAACCCACGGACCUCCUCCUCCACCCAGGCCAACCUCCCUGCCACAGAAGAGGAGACGGCAGCCUCACCUGUCCCCGAGGAAGGCCCAGCCCGGCCUGCCAGCCACCCCUCAGGCACUCUGUCCCAUCACCACUGUGCUUACACCAUCCUGCACAUCCUGAGUCACUUGAGACCCCAUGAGCAGCGCAGCCCGCAGGGCGGCAGCCGAGAGCUCGUCAUGCGUGUCACGACAGUCUGAGAGGAGAGAC